CCCAGCUCGAGGCCUUUCCGGUUGCCUUGUCCGGUCCAGGCCAGCACACCCAACGAACUCCUCCUCCUCCUCGCCACCACCACCAGUGGCAGCGGCAGUGGCAGUGCAGUAGCUCUCUCUGCUCAGCUCUGUUCUUGGCUUGCUUGGGCAUGUGGAGGUAGCGAGCGAGCUGAGCUUUGCUGCGGCCGCUGCUGGGUUGGAGGAGCUAACCAUGGCUAUGGCGGCGGCGGUGGCGGCGGCGGGCCGCGUGGACGCGCAGGACGAGUAUGCGAAGCUGGUGCGGGGGAUGAACCCGCCCAGGGUGGUGAUCGACAACGAGGCCUCCGGCGACGCCACGGUCAUCCGGGUGGACAGCGUCAGCAGCCACGGCACGCUCCUCGCCGUCGUCCAGGUCAUCGCCGACCUCGACCUCGUCAUCCGCAAGGCCUACUUCUCCUCCGACGGCAGCUGGUUCAUGGACGUGUUCAACGUCACCGACCGCGACGGCAACAAGGUUCUUGAUGAAGAAACCAUCUCGUACAUCCAAACGACGCUGGAGGCGGAAGACUGCUACUACCCGGAGGUGCGCAACACGGUGGGGAUCGUGCCGGCGGAGGAGUACACGGUGAUCGAGCUAACCGGCACCGACCGCCCCGGGCUGCUGUCCGAAGUGUGCGCGGUGCUGGCCGCCAUGCGCUGCGCGGUGCGGAGCGCCGAGCUGUGGACGCACAACACCCGCGUCGCGGCCGUCGUCCACGUCACCGAUGACGGCGGCGCCGGCGGCGGGGCCAUCGGGGACGAGGCCCGCAUCGCCGACAUCAGCGCCCGCCUCGGGAACCUCCUGCGCGGCCAGAGCGACGUGCGCGCCGCGGCGUCGGCGGGCGGGCUCACGCACAAGGAGCGCCGCCUCCACCAGAUGAUGUUCGAGGACCGCGACUACGACGGCGUCGCCGCCGCCGCCGCCGCCACGGCCUCGCGGCGGCGGACGGAGGUGUCCGUGACGCCGUGCGCCGAGCGCGGGUACACCGCGGUGGUGGUGCGGUGCCGCGACCGGCCCAAGCUGCUGUUCGACACGGUGUGCACCAUCACCGACAUGCAGUACGUCAUCCACCACGGCACGGUGAGCAGCGAGCCCGGCGGCGGCGCGUACCAGGAGUACUACAUCCGGCACGUCGACGGCCGCCCCGUCCGCUCGGAGGCGGAGCGGCAGCGCGUGGUGCAGUGCCUCGAGGCCGCCAUCGAGCGCCGCACCGCCGACGGCCUCGCGCUCGAGGUCCGCACCUGCGACCGCGCCGGCCUGCUCUCCGACGUCACCCGUAUCUUCCGGGAGAACGGCCUCACCAUCCGCCGCGCCGAGAUCUCCUCCGACGGCGGCGAGGCCGUGGACACGUUCUACCUAUCGGACCCGCAGGGCCACCCCGUGGAGGCCAAGACGAUCGAGGCCAUCCGCGCGCAGAUCGGCGAGGCCACGCUGCGGGUGAAGCACAACCCCUUCGCCGACGCCGCCGGCGACAGGACGAGAGGCGGCGGCGCCACCGACGACGUCGCCGGCUCGACGGCGUUCCUCUUCGGCAACCUCUUCAAAUUCUACCGGCCGUUCCAGAAUUUCAGCCUCAUCAAGCUCUACUCGUAAAUUAAUUAAUUCCACCAUGCUGGGUUAAUUAAUUAGCUGUAAAUAAUUAAUUAGUCACAUGUUUUUCUUUUUAGCAUUCACUGUAAAUAUGAUUUCAGAAUUCGUAUGACGAUGACGAAGAUGAAUAGAUGAUGAUGUAGGCAGCAUGUAAAUAGGUUUACAGAUGGUACAAAAAUUAGGAAAAAAAAUGGUAGUUUAAGGUUUAGGUCAUCAGAAGAAAACAAAAUUGUAGGAUCAGUGUUCAUCAGUGUACUCUGGAAUUGGGGAACACAGUCUCUGUAAAUACUGCAUCUUCUUGUACAUGUAUUCAUAUUCUUGUGGGGGAAAGAAAGAAAGAAAAAAAUACUUGUAAAUAUUUCAUAUUUUCAUAAGAAUUUUUAGUUUUG